UAAAGUAGGUUGGAACUAAGAUUAAUAAUUCCACAGUAAAAGUUAUAGCAUCUACUGGACAGAAAGAGGAAUUAAAACAAGCAGAGACAGAAAAAAAAGAAAAUGCCUCUAACAAAAUCAAAAUAAACGAAAUUAUCCCUCUAAUCAACCCUUUCACUCUAUCGAUACUUGAUUUUUUUUUCUUUUGCAUCUUACAUUUUCACUUUACAAAUACCAACGAACCGGAAGCCGCCAUAACACCCUAUUCCUCAUCCGGGUCUUUCCAAACCCCAAAUAAAAUCGUCCCUUCCCGCGCUUUUCCCCGGACAGAGAUGGUGGUGACUGAGGGAGACGGAAGUGGAGGCGGAGAACGAAGAGGUGGAGGUGGAGAACGAGGUGUUAGGCGGGGAAGUGGAGGAGGGUUGAACUGUUGGAGAACGCGCUCGGGGUCCAUGCAGUGCCUGGCGGCCCUUGUUGGAGGGUUCGUGUUGGGGCUGACGCUGGCCCUCCUUCACUCCGCGGCAUUUUACUUACCGAGCGCCACGCAUCAUCAGGAACAGAGGGAUGUGAUGGGCGUCUCUUGGGAGAACAGCGUGCAAGAGCCAUCGCCACAGGAACUAAACGUGGCGAAAAAUCCCGCAGAGUUUCGACCGCCGCCCGCACGCAGCUUGCCGCCCAGACACCGAGAUACUUGUUACGGCACCGUCGCCCAGCGUCUCUUCGAAAAAGUCAGGAUCCUGUGCCUCGUGGUGACGUACCCCGCCCACCACGCCUCCCACGCCGUCCACAUCUACAGAACCUGGGGUCGGAGAUGCACCAAAAUCCUCUUCGUCACCAACCCUGAUAGCGAAGAGAAAGGAGAGGAAAAGCAGCAACAAGAAGAAGGAGAGGAAAGAGAGGAGGACGAAAGCGUGCUGGAUUUGCCGCUGCUGACCGUCCCGCACGCAAUGGGCGACCGGAGCGGACUGUGGAACAAGACGAGGGAUGCCUUUCGCCACGCCUACCUCCAUUACUACAACGACUACGACUGGUUUGUGAAAGCCGAUGACGACACCUACUUCAUCAUGGAGAAUUUGAGGUACUGGCUGCACGACAAAGAUCCGGAAGUCCCGUAUUAUUAUGGAUGCCAUUUUGAUGUCAUCGUACCGCAGGGAUACAUGAGCGGCGGCGCAGGAUACAUCCUGAGCCGCGGCGCCUCCAAGCCUUCGUGGACGCAGGGCAGGACAACCAGACGCUCGCCUACUCCCAGGGGCUGA